UCUCGCGAGAGCGGGUUACCCGCGGUGCAGCGCCCCGGCGGUCCGGAGAUUGAAGCGGAGGGACUACUGGGCUGGUGGCGGCAGUGACCAUGCUUCGGGCGGCAGUUCCGGGACAGCUCCGGCGAGCGGCCUCAUUGCUCCGAUUUCAGAGUACCCUUGUAAUAGCCGAGCAUUCGAAUGACUCCCUGGCACCCAUUACUUUAAACACUAUCACUGCAGCCAGACGCCUUGGGGGUGAGGUGUCCUGUUUAGUAGCUGGAACCAAAUGUGACAAGGUGGUUCAAGAUCUCUGUAAAGUAGCAGGAGUAGCGAAAGUUCUGGUGGCUCAGCAUGAUGCCUACCAAGGCCUGCUUCCAGAGGAACUGACGCCGUUGGUUCUGGCCACGCAGAAGCAGUUCAGUUACACACACAUCUGUGCUGGAGCUUCUGCCUUUGGAAAGAACCUUUUGCCCAGAAUAGCAGCUAAACUUGAUGUUGCCCCCAUUUCUGACAUCAUUGAGAUCAAGUCACCUGACACAUUUGUGAGAACCGUUUAUGCAGGAAAUGCUUUAUGUACAGUGAAGUGUGAUGAGAAAGUAAAGGUGUUUUCAGUCCGCGGAACAUCUUUUGAGGCUGCAGCAACAAGUGGAGGUAGUGCCAAUUCAGAAAAUGCACCGAGUUCUUCACCAGUGGGAAUAUCAGAGUGGCUUGACCAGAAGUUAACAAAAAGUGAUCGGCCGGAGCUGACUGGUGCCAAAGUGGUUGUAUCUGGUGGUCGUGGCUUGAAGAGUGGAGAGAAUUUUAAGUUGUUGUAUGAUUUGGCAGAUCAACUACACGCUGCAGUUGGUGCGUCCCGAGCGGCUGUUGAUGCUGGCUUCGUUCCCAAUGAUAUGCAGGUUGGUCAGACAGGAAAAAUCGUAGCACCAGAACUUUAUAUUGCUGUUGGAAUCUCUGGAGCCAUCCAGCAUUUAGCUGGGAUGAAGGAUAGCAAGACAAUUGUGGCUAUUAAUAAAGACCCAGAAGCUCCAAUUUUCCAGGUGGCAGAUUAUGGAAUAGUUGCAGAUUUAUUUAAGGUGGUUCCUGAAAUGACUGAGCUAUUAAAAAAAAAGUGAAUCAUGAUUGUGCCUUAAGAAGAAAAUCUGUGUGAAAGUAUUCAGCUGAAGUCUGAAAUUUAUAAGUUGAGGGAAAAAAAUCCUAACAGCAGCCAGAAUACUUUCCAAUGGGACUAUAAUUGUGUUUCUUUUUAAUUAUUUGUGGUCACAAAUGGAGAUUUUCUCAUUCUGUAAUAAGCUCUAUAAUAAAGCUUGCCACUACUUUGACAUUGUCACAA